AUUUUUAUUUUAUGGUCUUUAUCAAAACUUUUCAAAUAAUUCCUUACACAGAACUUCCCAACAAUACACUAGUGCACAUUCUUGAAUUAUUACAUUCUUGAAUUGUACUAAAAAUGCAGAACCUGGAAGAAUAUUCCGAACUGAUCACAUUACCGUCGGGGGAACUCAAGCCGUUCAUGUCCGAGAUCGAUGACUGCAUUUCGGACAUGGAUUAUUUUAUCAAGACCUUAUCUAGCCUCAAGGAUAAGGCAAUCCGGCCGGACCAGAUUAGCUCAAUCAUAACACACUGCGCCACCAAAUGGCUUCCCGAGCUAGCCCUCGACCAACAAUUAGAACCCGUUGCCACUACUACUCCUAAACACGACGCCGUUUCAUUGACCAAGAAAAGGCUCUUCAUCGAAACUCUAAUCGGAAUUCUUCCCCCGGAGAAAGAGUACUACAUUAAUAAUAUAAUCCCAUGCAACUUCCUCUUGAGGCUUCUACGGGUCGCUAAUACGAGUCGGGCGGGACCCGUUUAUGUUUCCGAGCUCGAAAAGCGGGUUUCUUUGCAGCUCGACCGGACUUCUUUGAAGGAAUUGAGAUUGUUGUUCGAUUUCGGGCUCGUUCUUCGCUUGGUGAGGGGGUUCGUGAGCGCAGGAGGAGAUGCCGCCGGUGGGAAGGUGGCGGUGCUCGUGGACAGUUAUCUAGCCGAAGCGGCUAGUGAUGACGGCUCAUGUGUGGUGGCGGUGAGUGCAUUUGUGGAGCUUGCUACUGCGAUUCCGGGCCAUGCACGGUUGAUGGAUGACGGGCUUUAUCGGGCAGUUGACAUGUACCUUAAAGCACAUCCAGAGGUGUCGAAACAGGAUCGAAAAACACUAUGCAACUUAAUCGACACCAACAAGCUAUCGCAAGAGGCGUCUCUCCACGCAUCCCGAAACGAGCGGGUCCCGGUUCGGGCCGCGUUCCAGAUUCUCCUCUCGGAGCAAACUAAGCUCAAGAGCCACUUUAUUGAGUGGAGUGGAUCAAUGAGCUGGGGCCCGCACAGCCCGGCCCGUUACUCCUCAAAUCGCGAAACGGGCCCUUCAUGGAUCGAGAUCGAGAGGUUGAAGGAGGAUGUUGUGAGUAUCCAGAGCCGGUGCAUGGCCAUGGAAAUGCAGAUUGAGAAGAUGAAAGAGGAGAAGAAGACGAAGAAGAGAGGGUUGUCUUAUUUGAUGAGCUGGAAGAAGAAUUUAGUUGGUGUUAAUAAUCCAGGGUUUAAUAAGGAUAUAAUAAUUGAAGAUCAAGAAAUUGAGGCUGGUUCGAGGAUUAAUGUACGAGGUAGAACUCACACUUACAGGAGGAAAUCAUUGUCCUGAAUAAAUUUAGAGGGAAAUAUUCGCAACGGUUGGUUAUGUUUUCAGUUCAAUUUAAUUCUUUUCUCGAAACGAAUUCGUGUUUAAUUUUCAAAUUAUUCUCGUAUAAUACAUUUUCCCCAACACCUUU